UAAAUACUCCUGUCAAACCAAAGCGCAACUGCAAUCUCACUGUUGUCUCGACACUGCCGCGCCUAACAACUUUAAAACACACAAAAACCCACUUCCGGAACGACACAAGUUUUAAGAUGUCCAACCCAGCCGCCGAAACCUCGUCGUUUAUGACCGAUUUCCUCCGCCAAUCAGGUGGCGUUGCCAUUAUCGACGGCGGUCUCGCGACGGAGCUCGAACGGCAUGGGGCUGACCUCAACGAUCCCCUCUGGAGCGCCAAAUGUCUCCUUACUUCCCCUCACCUCGUCCGUGCGGUACACCUUGACUAUCUUGAAGCUGGUGCAGAUAUUAUCAUCACAGCAUCUUAUCAGGCCACCAUUCAGGGAUUCGAGGCAAAAGGUUUUUCCAGAGGAGACAGCGAAGCCUUGCUCAGGAAAUGUGUGGUAAUUGCUUGUGAGGCACGGGAUAUAUAUUAUGGUAGAUGCAGAGAAGGUUCUCCUGAUGGAAGUGAUGAUGGUAGGGUUCUGAAACAUCGACCUAUUUUAGUUGCAGCUUCUGUUGGAAGCUAUGGAGCUUAUUUAGCUGAUGGAUCCGAGUACAGUGGGAAUUAUGGUGAUGCGAUUACCCUUGAAACCUUGAAAGAUUUUCAUCGCAGAAGAGUACAGAUCCUAGCAGAAUCAGGUGCUGACCUCAUAGCAUUUGAAACAGUUCCAAAUAAGGUAGAAGCUCAGGCAUAUGCCGAGCUCUUGGAGGAAGAAGACAUAAAGAUCCCUGCAUGGUUCUCUUUUAACUCUAAGGAUGGCAUUAAUGUAGUCAGCGGUGACUCUUUGCUUGAAUGUGCCUCCAUUGCCGAAUCAUGCAAGAAUGCAGUUGCUGUGGGAAUCAACUGCACGCCUCCUAGGUUUAUUCAUGAACUGAUUCUGUCCAUUAAGAAGGUGACCACGAAACCGAUACUUAUUUAUCCCAACAGCGGUGAGAGUUACGAUGGCGAUCGAAAGGAAUGGGUGCAAAAUACUGGCAUAUCGGAUCAAGAUUUUGUAUCAUAUGUAAACAAAUGGUGUGAGAUCGGGGCUGCUCUUGUUGGAGGCUGUUGUAGAACAACUCCUCAUACUAUCAGAGCCAUAUACAAGACUCUUCCCAAUAGAUCUGCUGCUCUAUCCUCGCAGUGACCACGGAGAGGAUAAUGUAAUUCCAACCCCAAACAUGGAUGCUGAAAAGGGCUUUGCAUGGUCUGAGAUUUUUUCCCUGGUGUGGAGAGAGUCUAACCAAAUCUAAUCAAGGCCUGGGUUGAAGUUUUGUAGACGAUGAGGUUUCUAUUUCAUGAGCUACUUGUAUUGAGAAAGUGACUCCUGCUGAACUCUUUCUGACCCGAGGAUCCAUAGCUUCUUCGUAUUUUUUUUUAUAUAUAUAAAUACCGGUGCAAGGCUGACCCGAGGAUCUACGGUCUUGGUUUCUGUAUUGUUGGAAGACAUUAUUUCAAGUUGAAUAAGGUAUUUCAAAUCACCAUCUAAUAA